GUGGACUAGAACACAUAUGACAUUAACCUCCAAAAAUUCAAGUUCGAUUUUAGGUUGUGAUGAAUUUAAACAAAUUUUGAUUAUUCUUUGAUUCAGUCCCUAGAUUUCUCAGAAUAUUUCCUACGAAAAAAACUUGGAAUUGCUGAAUUACACUACUAUUAUUUGCCACCGAUUUUCAACGUGUUCUAUACAGAAUUGAAAUGUUUUCAUCAACAAAAUAUUCAUUUCUUUCGACAUUAAGGAAAAGUUUGAUUUCAAAUCGAUGGUAUUCUCAUGGAAAAGCAUACGACGUUAUUGUUAUUGGCGGGGGACACGCUGGUAGUGAAGCAUGUGCUGCUGCAGCAAGAAUGGGGGCCCGAACUCUUCUAAUAACUCAUAAGAAAGAGACUGUUGGGGAAAUGUCUUGUAACCCUUCAUUUGGAGGAAUAGGUAAAGGUCACCUUAUUAAAGAAGUGGAUGCUUUGGAUGGAGUUUGUGGAAGGAUAUGCGAUAUGUCGGGAAUCCAAUACAAAAUAUUGAAUCGUAGGAAAGGUCCUGCUGUAUGGGGCUACAGAGCACAAAUUGAUAGAAAAUUGUAUAAAAGAAAUAUGCAAAAUGAAUUAUUCAACAAUACUCCUAACUUGGAUAUUUUUGUUGGGGGAGUUGAAGAUCUCAUAGUUGAUAAGCCAAAUGAGUAUGAAUCUAAAAUUAAAAAUCAACUUUCAUGCAAAGGAGUUAUAAUGAAUGAUGGGACAAAGAUUUUAUCUAAAAGUGUUGUUAUUACAACUGGGACGUUUUUAAAUGGCCAUAUAAAUAUUGGUUUGACGAUAAUCCCUGCUGGACGUAUUGGAGAUAAACCAGCAAUUGGUCUCGCUAAAACUCUUUCAUCUUUGGGAUUGAGAAUGGGAAGGCUUAAAACUGGUACACCACCGAGGCUCAAAGCUGAUACCAUAAAUUAUAAUGUAUGUGAACAAUCAGCGGGAGAUGAUCCUCCUUUGCCUUUUUCUUUUAUGAACGAUGAAGUAUGGAUAAAGGCAAAAGACCAAUUGAACUGUCACAUCACUUAUACAACCCCAGGAGUAGAAAAAGUGGUGAAAGACAAUUUACACGUAAAUAGACAUGUAAUGGAAGAAAUCAGAGGGCCACGAUACUGUCCAAGUAUCGAAUCAAAAGUUCUCAAAUUUGGUGGAAGGAACCAUCAGGUUUGGCUUGAACCGGAAGGUUUAGAUUCCGAUUUAAUUUAUCCCAAUGGACUUUCCUGCACAUUACCUGCAGAAUUACAAGUGGAUUUAAUUCAUAGCAUUCCUGGAUUAGAAAAUGCCGAAGUUGCAAGACCAGGUUACGGAGUCGAGUACGAUUACGUUGAUCCGAGAGAACUGAAGGCGAGUUUGGAAUUGAAAAAGGUCGGAGGACUUUUCCUUGCGGGACAAAUUAACGGAACCACCGGAUACGAAGAGGCCGCAGCUCAAGGAAUCGUAGCUGGCAUAAACGGUGCAGCUUUUGCUCUCGAUAAGAGUCCCUUGAUCUUGAGCAGAACUGAGAGUUACAUAGGUGUUUUGAUUGACGAUUUGACAACGCUAGGAACUAAUGAACCUUAUAGAAUGUUUACCUGUCGAUCAGAGUUUAGAUUAAGUUUGAGACCUGAUAAUGCCGAUCAGAGGUUGACUGGCAAAGGAUACGAAGCAGGAUGUGUAUCGAAACAAAGAUACGACAAGAUGAAAAAAAUUGCAGAAGAGUUAAGUCAUGGAAUUGAUUUACUUAAAGGAAUCAGCAAACCUUGUUCGCAUUGGAGAAAACUUCUAGAUAUAACGGCAGUUAAAAGCCACGCAUUGAAAAGUGCUUUCGAUAUAGUGGACCUAACGAGGGGAGUUACCAUUGAAAAACUAUCAGAAGUCAUACCAGAACUAAAACCUCUGACUUACAACAAAGAACUGUUAAAUCGUCUGCAUAUUGAAACCAUCUACGAAUUCCUUACCAAAGAACAACUGGAAGAAAUCAGGCAAUUGAAACAGGAUGAAAGCUAUAAACUUCCUGAAGAUUUGGACUACAAUAGCAAUAAGUUGCAAUUGAAAUUUGAAGAGAGAGAGAAAUUAUUAGCAGUGCAACCUCAGACUAUUGCUGCAGCUAGCAGAAUACCUGGUGUUACUCCAACAUCUAUAAUCAGAUUAUUGCAGUUUGCGAAGAAAGAAUACUCUGUUGAAAACAAUUAAAUCAUUAAUUAUUGUUAUGUACAAAAAUUAUUCCAUAAGUGUCAUCUAUGUAAAAUAUAAGUAUAUAAGAUAAA